AUGGAUGGAGACAACAGAACCAACCCUAUUAACUUCUUCCUCAUGGGGUUCUUUAGUCACAAUGUGGCUUCUGGAUUCAUUUAUAUUAUCAUCUUCAUCAUCUUCUUCAUUGCCUUGAUAGCUAAUGGGGCCAUGAUUUUCUUGAUCAACACAGAUACUCAGCUCCAAACACCAAUGUACUUUCUACUCAGUCAUCUCUCUUUCAUUGACAUCAUAUAUAUCUCCACCAUUGUCCCAAAGAUGCUGGUGAGCUACUUUUCAGCUCAGGAGACUAUCUCUUUUGUGGCUUGUACAGCUCAAUAUUUUCUCUACCAAACAUUUGUGGGAGCUGAGUUUUUCCUGCUUGGUCUCAUGGCCUAUGACCGCUAUGUAGCCAUCUGUCAUCCUCUACAUUACUCUGUUCUCAUGAGUAGACAGAUCUGUCUCAUAAUAUUAGCCAGCUCUUGGUUUGGGGGCUCUUUGGAUAGUUUCCUUCUCACUCCCAUUACAAUGAGCUUACCAUUCUGUGCCUCCAACAAGAUCAAUCACUUUUUCUGUGAGGCACCCACUAUGCUGAGGUUAGCAUGUGGUGACAAAGCUAUUUAUGAGAUGGUGAUGUACAUUUGCUGUGUCAUGAUGUUGCUAAUCCCCUUUUCUGUUGUUAUCAUCUCUUAUACCAAGAUCCUCAUCACUGUGCAUCAAAUGAACUCACCAGAAGGGAGAAAGAAAGCCCUAGCCACUUGCUCUUCACACAUAAUAGUGGUGACCUUAUUCUAUGGGGCAGCUUUAUAUACCUAUAUGCUGCCCCAGUUAUACCACACUCCAGUCAAAGAUAAAAUUUUCUCUGCCUUCUACACCAUCCUCACACCCAUGAUUAACCCUCUUAUUUAUAGCCUGAGGAACAAGGAUGUGACUAAUGCCAUGAAGAGAGUACUAGGAAGGUGCAAAAGGAUACCCAGGGUAACUGGAGAUGAAUUCUAA